GGCAGUUAGAGGAGUCGUGUGGCCUCCGCGGGUGAGAGUGGCUGCCGGUGGUGCGGCUGCGGACGCGGCCUGCCUCUGACCUCUCCCCGUCCUCUCCCACCACCUGCAUGGUUCGGGCUGCUCACUGAGCGGCGGCGGGGCGUGACGGACGCGCCGCCCAGACGGCUCCGGGUCGCAGCUUGCCGUCACCGGCACUUCCUCCUGCGGUGCCCGUGCGCGGGCGGCUGGGCGGGCGGGAUGGCGGCCCGGGGGAGCGGCCGCGCAUCGGCGCCCCGGCUGCUUCUGCUCCUGCUGGUUCCUUUGCUGUGGUCCGCGGUCGGGGUCCGGGCCGGUCCGGAGGAAGACCUUAGCCACCGGAACAAGGAACCGCCGGCAGCUGCCCAGCAGCUGCAGCCGCAGCCCGCAGGCGUGCAGGGGCCCGAGCCGGCCCGGGCCGAGAAAGGAUUUACACCAGCAGCCCCAGUUCACACAAAUAAAGAAGACCCAGCUACCCAAACCAAUUUGGGAUUUAUUCAUGCAUUUGUCGCUGCCAUAUCAGUCAUCAUUGUGUCUGAAUUGGGUGAUAAGACAUUUUUCAUAGCAGCCAUCAUGGCAAUGCGCUAUAACCGAUUGACGGUGCUGGCUGGGGCUAUGCUUGCCUUGGCCCUGAUGACCUGCUUGUCAGUUCUGUUUGGCUAUGCCACCACCGUCAUCCCCAGGGUGUACACAUACUAUGUCUCAACUGCAUUAUUUGCCAUUUUUGGCAUUAGAAUGCUUCGGGAAGGCUUGAAGAUGAGCCCAGAUGAGGGUCAAGAGGAACUGGAAGAAGUUCAAGCAGAAUUAAAGAAGAAGGAUGAAGAAUUUCAACGAACCAAACUCUUAAAUGGACCAGGAGAUGUUGAAACGGGUACAAGCACAACAAUACCUCAGAAAAAGUGGCUGCAUUUUAUUUCACCCAUUUUUGUUCAAGCUCUUACACUAACAUUCUUAGCAGAAUGGGGAGAUCGCUCUCAACUCACUACGAUUGUUCUGGCAGCUAGAGAGGAUCCCUAUGGUGUAGCAGUGGGUGGAACAGUGGGACACUGCUUAUGCACUGGAUUGGCAGUAAUCGGAGGAAGAAUGAUAGCACAAAAAAUCUCUGUCAGAACUGUGACGAUCAUAGGAGGUGUCGUGUUUUUGGCGUUUGCAUUUUCUGCACUAUUUAUAAGUCCUGAUUCUGGUUUUUAACACACUAUUUGUUCAUCUGUAUUUAGUAUAAGAUAGGUAACUACUGUCAUUCUGUACAUAGUGUACAUUACAACUAAAAGCAAUGGAAAAUACUGUAUUUUGUAGCAUUGAUUUUUGAGUUUGACCAAUUUAAUGAAAGUAUUAUGUCCAAAAAAGAUAAUCACUGAUUUUAUUUGUAAAAUGGAUUUUUAAAAGAAACCCGACUUCUCAGUGUGGGCUUUUUGCAACAUAAUUGUCAAUAUAGUCCCCAUUUCUGUUUGGUAUGUGUAGAACCAUUGUGCAGUGGGGUCUACCACUUGAUUUUCUUUCAACAUGACCCCUUUAUAAGGAAUAUAUUCUCCUUGGUCACUGAGGCAUUUCAGAUGUUUACCUUAAAAAUUUCCUUGUGGAAAGAAUGAAUGAAUUUCUUUUUAAAAAAUAUUUCCCUAAGCCACUAAGCAGUAGUUUAAUCAUGUUUUCAAAAUUAGAUUGUUUUUAAAAAGAGACAACAAAUAAGGUAAUAAUUACUAUAUCAAUAACAUGAUGCAAUUAGAAUUGUUUGCUAAGUCCAUUCUUUUUUUUAAUUGGGUAGGACACCCAAUAUGAAAAUAGUCAAUAUUUGACAAUGUGGAAUUACCAAAUUAAAAGAGAAUACUAUGAAUGUAUUCAUAUUUUUUCUAUAUUGAAUAAACAAUGUAACAUAGAUACAAUGUAAAUAAAAGUGGUAUGACCAGUG